AUGAAGCGGGCGGCAGAUGGCUUCCCGCCGGGGAUGCCGCCAGGCAAGAUGGCGGUGCCUCCAGGGGUCGAUCCGCUUCAAACCCUGUGGAAGGCAGCGGCUGCCCUAGCCUCCCUACCAGGCAUGCCAGCAAUGCCAGCGAUGCCUGGGAUGCCGGGCAUGGCGCCGCCUUUCAAGCCCGCGCCUGCUGCCCCAACUGGGACGGGCGACGCGCCCAAAGUUGCCCCCGGCAGCGUCGUGCCGCCCAAGGCCCCUAAGGCCAUGGGCGGGCUCCUGCUGCCGGAUGUCUCCGGCAACGGGGCGAUGCCUGCAGAGCUGCCGACGUCAGUGCCCCCGCCCUGGAAGAUCUCCUCGCCGCCGCCCAAACCAGCGCCAGGGCAGCUGGCGAAGCCUCCAGGGCCACAGGCGGAGACCUCGCCGGAGGUGGCGCCCUGCAAGUCGCAGAUGGCUCCGAAUGAUCUGAUGCCAAAGCAGCAGACCAUGCCCGGCUUUCAGGCGCCACCGUGGAAGGCCCCCGCCGCGGCGGCCGCGAGCAGCCCGCCCAGCGGCACAGCAGGCUUCUCCAAAGCCGCCGCCGCUGCUUCCGCCAUGGGCCAGGCAUCGCCGACGGAGCUGCUCCGCCGUGGGGAGGAGCUGUUGCGGCAGACUGCGCAGCUGCACCAGCAGAACGAGAUAGCCCAGAAGCAACAGGAGGAGGAGAGGCGGCGACAGGAGGAGAAGGAGCAGGCACGCCAGAGGUUCGAAGAGCAGAGGCGGCAGCAAGAGGAGGAGCGGAAGCGGCUCAGGGAGGAGUCCGACCGCGUGGCGCAAGGCCUCCAGGACGAGCUGCGGAAGCUCAUCGAGGUGGCCGAGCUGGAGGUUCAGAUGGCCGAGGCAGAGGCACAAAAGAUCGAUGAGCCCAAGCAGUGCGAGGAGAUCCUCCGAGUGGCGGAGGAUUUCGAGGUCGUCAGCCUCUCCGCCGCCACUGCAGUGAAAGCGUGCUUCGAGUUCAUGGACGGGAAGCACAUGAAGCUGAAAGGCAACACAGAGGCCACGAUGUCAAACUGUGCCUCGCUGCUGAAAAGGAGCCACGCCGCCAAAGCCGGGUCGGAGCGGGCCUCCUCCAAGGUCCGAGUCAAGGCGAAGCCAGCCAGGGAAGAGGUCACUGCAAAGUCGUUGCAGGCAGAGCUGGACACCCUCCUGGCAGCUGCCGAGAUCGAGGUGGAGCAGGUCAAGUCAAAGCAGGCCGAGGUGCUCAAAGCCCAGGCAGCUGCUGAGGCGGAGGCCAAGGCUACGCCAGAGGGCGGUGGUGGGGCCUUGGAUCAGGAGCUAGUCAGAGUGGCCACGGAGUUCGAAGCGUCAAGCGAAGCGGCGUCGAAGUCCGUGACAGGAUGCGUGGACCGCAUGGACCCCGCGAACUUGAUGCGGAUACGUGGCCCAACAGAGGAGCUCAAGGCCUCGGCUGCGUUGCUGCAGAACCGGGCGCGGGCAGCCAAGUCCAUCCUGGAAGAGACCCUGCAGAAGGUCCGCUCCGCGAAAGCUGCUGCGGCCCAGCGCGUCGAGCGCGAAGUGCGGAAAGUCGAGGCGCAGAAAGAGGCGGCGCGGCAGGAAGCGAUCUUCAAGCAGUACGACAAGGAUGGGGAUGGGAAGCUCAACGAGGCCGAAAUUCGGGCCUAUGUCGCUGGCGAGUACUCCUUUGAGCUUGGAGAGGACCGGCUCGAGCAGAUACUCGCCGCAAGCUCCAACGGAGUCCGGCACAAGGACUUCGCCAAGUUGAGGUCUCAGAUUGGCGACGCUUGGAAGGAGAUCCUAAACAAGCAGAGGAAAGAGAAGAAUGACAAGCAGAUGGCCACGAUCAAGAAGAACUCAGCAGAAAUCCUGUCCGCCCUCAGCGGCGUGGAAGGCGAAGUCGCCAAGGCCGAGGCGCAGGUCCGAAUACUGGGCCCCAUGAUCCCGCGCGGCGCCGCCAUGCUGGACAUGCUCAGCGAGAGGACCGAGGCGGCUGAGAGCGCCGUCGAUGCUGCAAGGGACUUCCUGGCUGCUGCGAAGGAGCAGGCCUUGGCACUCGGUGUCGACAGCAACUUCGAGACAGAGGCCAAGCAGAUGGCGGCCGUGGAGGCCAAGAACCUUCAGAUGAAGGUGACGGCGCUGGAGAACCGCGUGAACGCGGCAGCGCAUGUGUCCAAGGCCGCGCGGAGCAAAAUUCAGCUCCAGGAGCGGAAAGCGGCGCUUCUCAGGGAGGCGACGUCGAUGUGA